CGGCACGGAAGAGGCACUUCUUGACGAAGUGCAAUAUUGAGCUUGUCACUCGGGCAUUGACCGCGGAGGAAAGGCUCACGAGAAUCAAGGGCAUCAGGCUGGGGAAGCACCAGGCCACUCAUCUCGUAGGUGGAAUUGGGGGAAGUGGUGGUCGGAGCACAGGACCGUCUUCCAACAGUUUCGUGCCUCCAUCAUCACCAACACGCAGACCAAGUGAUGGCGAGACGACCUCGCCUGCAAGAUCUGCAAACAUCUUCGCUCCUGCCCCGGGAAGUGGUGUGGACGGUCGGUGAGGCAAACUUUGCUCGAGGAGGCAGACACUAUCAUCACCCGAAACGAGCACGCGGGUCGGAAGAUGGAUCGGUGGCUGAUUUGCACGAAUCAGCCAUUCAACAUGGUGGAGAACUUCUGCUUUCUCGAGUUCCUCGAUGUUGUGAAGAAGUGUCAUCCUAGUUGGUGGUCUAGCAAGAGGGACAAGAUGAGGACCAAACAGUUGGACGGACAAUUUAAAUUGGUGGGAGAAGACACGCAGUCACUAGUGAAGAAGUGGGAGAGAACAGGAUGCAUGCUCCAAAUGGCCGGGUGGUCGGACUGGAGGAACAAACCGCAUCUGAAUGUCAUGGUCUCUUUCCCGGCCGGAACAGUGUUUUCGAAGUCUGUCUGCAUGGAGGGGAGGGAAAAUGAUUCCACAACGUACUUCAAGAUGUUGGACGGGGUGAUCCAGGAGAUCAGUGCGGCGUCCAUUGUCGGCGUUGUGAUGGACAAUGCGAAGGUUUGCGCUAAAGCGGGGGAGAUGGCGGAUGCUAAGUACCUUGGAAUCUUUAGUGUGGGUUGCACAACCCAUGCCUUGGAUUUGGCCCUGGAGGACAUGUACACCUACAUAGAUUGCUUGAAAACGGUCGUCGACAACGACAAUAAAGUUGGCAAGUUUUUCACCAACGUCGACAAGGUUCGUGCUAUGUACAACAGGAUCGCGGAUGCGCAACUCAAACGCUCGACGGUCACUAGAUUCACGACGAACUUUGAGAUGCUUCUGUCGCUUAGCACGGGGAGGAAUCUAUUGGAGCAUUGUGUCUGCAACGUGGCGUGGGUAGAGAAGUUGGUGAGGGGGGAGCAGGUGGCUCCAUUCAACGUUGUCACCCACAUCAUCAUGGACACAAAUGGAUUCUGGAAGGAUGUGGACAUGACUCUGGCGGUGAUGAAGCCUGUUGUCAAGCUCCUUCGUUUGGUGGACGGUCCAGGAGCAACUAUGAGCAAAGUCUAUUUUGGCAUGGACGCGGUUGUGGCUACUAUGCGCACCCUCGACGGCCUGUUGGACGCUGAGAAGGCGAACGUGGAGAAGAUUUUGAUGGACCGGUGGGCCUUCAUGACAUCAGAGCUGCAUUGCGUGGCCAUCUUCCUUGAUCCCGAGUAUAUGACGCACACGUUGAGAGACAUGCAGAUUUGCGAGGGGUUCAACAUCUGGCUUUAUUUUUGGGCGCCGCCGGAGUUGUUGUAGCGAGAAAUCAGCAAACAGGUGGACAUGUGGGUGCAGGGAUUGGGCACUUUGGGGACACAGAAUGCAAGGGAGCAGGCGAGUUUGAAAACUC